AGCACUCUGCUCCUCGGCACCUGAUUGGCUCAAACAUUCCUACCAUUUCCGCUGCCUGCAACAACCAUUCCCACCUUUUUCGGUGUGCUGUUCUCCUAGAGUACGCCAUUCCCCGGUCAAGAGCGGUCUCAAAAGUGGCUUAUAAUUCAGUUUUAGCUGUGAACCCAGAGAUUGGGAAUGAGAACGGUUCACCAUGUCUGAAUUGUUUAUGGAGUGUGUGGAGGAAGAGUUGGAGCCGUGGCAAAAACAAGUCCCUCAAGUUAAUUUGAUAGAUGAUGACGACGAUGAUGAUGAGCCCAUCUUUGUCGGUGUAAUAUCUAAUAAUCGGAAGGAGGUUAAACCCAAGCCUGCACCACCUCCGAAGAACAGCCCAGCAAAGCCAGAAGUGAAAUCUCCGCCUGCUGUGGCACCCACACCAAUUGUGCUGCCACUGAGUGUGCCUGUGACAGCAGUCAAUACCACACCGAUCAGCCUGACAACAGUCACUCCACAGCCUGUGAUAGUUAAUAACCAGGGCUUUAUUGUUGCUUCUCCACAGUUGGCAAAGAACAAUGAGUUUAUUGCCACUCUGGGGGCUCGGUACCCACCGGGCACGUCCUUUACCAUUGUACCAGCAGGCCAGCAGCAGAUUUUUCAGCAGAUCGCUCCUGGCACCAUCAUCCCCAGUGUUGUCCACAGACCUCAGGUUCAGCAAAUUAGGAACAACAUCGUGACGCUGUCUAACGUCCAGAACCCUACUGUGUAUUCAUCCCAGCUGAAUCAGCCCGUCUCCAAACUCCCCAACUCUGUUCAGACUACCCCUGUGGUUGCGAAGGACAACUGCAAUAAUAAGGAUCAAGCUACACUAAAGCGUGCAUUGACAUCACCGGAAGUUGACAACUUGGCAAAAAAGCUCAAGCUGGACUCGACACCUGCAAAAGUGUUGGUCAGAAUGGAAAAUGGUGUUUUAAAGAAAAAGUGCUCUAAAUGUCAAGAGGAUAUUCUUUCAGAUGAGGCCCAAAGGUAUCAUUUGCAACAAUGCAGUGGAAUCGCAGGAAAAGCACCGGCACCGACCACGAGCGUCGUAACAAACAAACUCAUCAUGCUGGUGUCCGAUUUCUACUACGGAAAUUUUGAGGGAGAUCUGCAGAAGAGGGAAGCACAGAAGACCAACAACACUUUCAAGUGCCAAAGCUGCUUAAAAGUUCUCAAAAACAAUAUCAGGUUCAUGAACCAUAUGAAACACCACCUGGAGCUGGAAAAGCAGAACAGCGAGAGCUGGGAAAGCCACACCACCUGUCACCACUGCUACCGGCAAUACAUGACUCCAUUUCAGCUGCAGUGCCACAUAGAGAGCGCUCACAGUCCUAUCGAAUCAUCAACCAACUGCAAGAUAUGUGAGUUAGCGUUUGAGUCUGAGCAGGUCCUCCUGGAGCAUAUGAAGGCAAACCACAAACCAGGGGAAAUGCCCUACGUCUGCCAGGUUUGCAGUUACAGGUCCUCGUUCUUUUCCGAUCUGGAGGCACAUUUCCGGAGCGUCCACGAAAACACAAAGGACCUCCUCUGCCCCUUCUGUCUCAAAGUUCUUAGGACCAGUCACAUUUUCAUGCAACAUUACAUGAAGCACCAGAGAAAAGGGAUCCAUCGUUGUGGAAAAUGCCGACUGAACUUCCUUACCUACAAGGAAAAAGCUGAUCACAGGACUCACGUCCACAAAACCUUCAGGAAACCUAAAGCUCUUGAAGGGCUUCCUCCUGGGACAAAGGUGACUAUUCGAGCCUCCCUGACAGGAAAAGAAGGAACGCCUGCGGCCCCGGUCUCCUCUGCAGUUACUCUUACUCAAGAAUGUCGAAGUUCCUCCCCGUUUGCAUUUGAAUCUGCAAACAGUGUUACCAAGUUUAGGCUAAACGACUCUGCAGCACAAAAAACUAAAAUGAAUCAGAACAAGAAGAGGCUGGAGCAGAACAAAAAGCAAGAGCGACGGAGCUUCAAACACAACCUGGAACUCAAACAUCUAGGUGCCGUCAGAGGAAAAUACAUAUGCAUUGAAUGCAACUCCGUAGUAGAUGACUUCUUCUUGCAUUAUCCGUUGCUUUCCAACUGUGGUGCCUGCAAGUAUCGAACAAGCUGCAAAACCUCCAUUGAGAAUCACAUGAUAAAAUUUCACAGCACCUUCAGGAAACGCAGAAUUUUGAAGAAGGGUCACAAAACCAACACAUCUUCAUUAAAGCUUACACUUGUCUGCCUCACCUGUGACCUGCUUGUUGACGCUUCAGGCAGUGACCUAAUGACCAAACAUUUAGUCAGUCAACCACAUCACAUUUGCAAAGUCAUUAAAGAGAAAGAUGGCAAAGUUGAGGAAAAGGAAUUGAACCAACAGCAACCACUAGAAGUCCAACAGUCCUUGGAGACAGCGCCCACUCCAGACUCAGAGGAAAUGGACCAGCAAAAAGGAGCUGAAAGUGUAACUAAUGACACUGAUAUCCAACCAGAACUGGAACCAGAGCUGCCAGUAGAUGAUCAGAAAAAAGAACCUGUGGAAGUGAAUGAGACUGAAAGCACAGCUGAAGGAGAAUUGAACGACUCGCCUCAGUUGUCUUCAACUGUCUGUACGUCGGAUGAGAAUGUAGACAUCUGUCAGGACUCUGCGGAUCCCUCCCAAUGCGUCACUGUUCAAGAGCAGAUUCCUGUCUUAAAGGAUUCGUCUGAUCAUCUGACUGAGGUCAAAACAGCAUAAAUCAAGAGGUUCGGGACAUUUUAAGCUUCAUUGGUUUUCUUUACAAAGAAGACCUUUAUUAUUGCUGUGUAUUUGAGUUGUUAUUCCAAUUAAGGAAAACGAGGUGUUUCCUUCCUCUACUUUCUCAUCAGACCUAAAACAGUUCUUCAUAUAAUGAUUUCAGUGACAAUUUUUGUAUUUUUUGUUAAAUGCAAUUGUGUUCCAGUCAUGUCUGUAGCCAAACCUGUAGUUUAAUCAUGUCAUCAGUAUCAUUUCAUACAUUUUUAAUUGUCUUUUGGAUCUUUAAAAUCAUUUCCAGACAACUUUGGGCAUGUUUCACUUCACUAGUGAUGUAUUUCAUGUGUACCUUUUAAAUUAAUACCAACUCACAGGUCGCCAGCAUCUAGGUUUGCUGAGUUUAGGUACUUUUAAACUGAUGUAAAAGCCACGCACAAGCUUUGCUUGCAUGUUACCUUAUUUUUCAAGGCAACAGGUGUAUCUUAAGAUGACAAUAGGAAAUAAAACUGUAUUGUAGGAAAUGUUGAAUUAAGUUCUCAUCAAGUCUUGGUUUUAUACUUGCACAGACAAAAGAAAACUCUUUACAACAAUGGGGAAAAUAUGUACAAGUGUGCAUUUAAAGUGACUCGGAAAUGUCAAGUGACCCUGCUGCUUUAUAUAAAGGCGUGUCGUUUGUACGUAUAGAGUAGAUUGAAGUUGGAAAAGGAUUGUUUUGUAAUCAUUCCUUAAGAAAAAAGUGGCCUUGAAUGGGCACAUUAGACUGUAUUCAAUAAAAUGGCUCAGAAUAGCA